AUGUUAUAUGUGUGUGUGAAUCGUGGAUUUGUGAUUCAUAAAUUCGCGACAAACCAUCUAGGUCAUUUUCUGUUAACAAAUCUUUUGUUGGAUACAAUGAAGAAAACUGUACAUGAAAGUAAGAAAGAAGGAAGAAUUAUUAAUGUCUCCUCGACUGGUCACCAAUACUUUAGAUAUAGCGAAGGAAUACGUUUUGAUAAAAUUAAUGAUCAAUCAAGUUACAAGAGUUGGAUUGCAUAUGGACAAUCAAAACUAGCUAACAUUUUACACGCAAACGAACUUGCACGGCGUCUCAAGGAAGAUGGGGUGAAUAUCACUGCAAAUUCCGUUCAUCCAGGAAUAGUUGUCACCAAUAUUUUCCGUCAUAACAACAUAGUGAAUGGUGUGAUGAACAUGCUCGCGAGAUGCGGGCUUAAAAAUGUUAAGCAGGGAGCAGCAACAAUAUGUUAUUUGGCAUUGCAUCCACAAGUGAGUGGAAUAAGUGGAGAGUUUUUUAUGGAUGGUUAUGUGGCCAAAGCAAGCUCACAGGGAAGGGAUAUUGAUUUGGCCAAGAAACUCUGGGAUUAUAGCAUGAAUUUGACCGAGCAGAAUACAUAGUUUCUCAAGUCCAAUUAACCAGAUUCUUAAGCACAGCAUUGUCUAAAUAUUGGUGGCAAAAGGCAAGAAAAAAAGAAAAUAAACAGCAGAGGGAACUUCCAAUGUUGGAGUUUAUAUCAAGGUGAGAAUGCAUUGCCGAAGAACUGAAGAAGAGAAGCAUUUUCUUGUCUAUGGUAUUUU